UAAACUCAGUUCCGCUGCCUCUCCAGCAGCUCUUGACAACGCACACAGUCUUCUCCUUAAACACAUUCUCACCACUUCAUCCCCAAAACCGGUCAUUAUCAUUAAUUAUUCCGGACCUUUGCAGUUAUUAGGCUACUGUGUGCGACAUGCAGAAGAGAAGGAAGCCGGAGCCGAUCCAACUCAACCCGAUCCCCGAUGGGAACAUCAUCAACGGCACUGGAGCCACAGAAACAAACUUGGAGGCCCUGCAGAAGAAGCUGGAAGAGCUGGAGUUGGACGAGCAGCAGCGCAAGCGCCUGGAAGCUUUCCUCACACAGAAACAGAAAGUGGGAGAGCUGAAGGACGACGACUUUGAGAAAAUAUGUGAGCUUGGCGCAGGCAACGGAGGAGUCGUCUUCAAGGUGUCUCACAGACCUUCUGGUCUGAUCAUGGCCAGGAAGCUCAUCCACUUGGAAAUCAAACCUGCCAUCAGGAACCAGAUCAUUAGGGAGCUUCAGGUGCUGCACGAAUGCAACUCUCCAUACAUUGUGGGCUUCUAUGGAGCUUUCUACAGCGAUGGAGAAAUUAGCAUCUGCAUGGAGCACAUGGAUGGCGGCUCUUUGGAUCAGUCACUUAAAAAGGCUGGAAGGAUCCCAGAGCAAAUCCUCGGCAAAAUCAGCAUUGCAGUGAUUAAAGGUCUUUCCUACCUGAGGGAGAAACACAAGAUCAUGCACAGAGAUGUCAAGCCUUCAAAUGUCCUGGUCAAUUCCCGUGGGGAGAUCAAGCUGUGUGACUUUGGAGUUAGUGGACAGCUCAUAGACUCCAUGGCCAACUCCUUUGUGGGCACGCGCUCCUAUAUGUCCCCAGAGCGUUUGCAGGGAACACACUACUCUGUUCAGUCAGACAUUUGGAGUAUGGGACUGUCCCUGGUUGAAAUGGCCAUUGGACGUUUCCCUAUUCCUCCACCUGACCCGAAGGAGCUGGAACUGAUUUUUGGUACUGCAGUUAAAGGCGGAAACUCGGCAGAGUCCACACCAAAGGCUUGGCAUCCUGGCCGGCCCAGCAGCUCUUAUGGAUCAGACACCAGGCCUCCAAUGGCCAUCUUUGAAUUACUGGACUACAUUGUCAAUGAGUCUCCACCUAAGCUGCCUGGACUAUUUAGUUCUGAAUUCCAGGACUUUGUCAAUAAAUGUUUGAUAAAGAACCCCGCUGAAAGAGCAGACCUUAAACAGUUAAUGAUGCAUCCUUUCAUUAGACAGUCGGAGGCAGAGCAAGUUGAUUUUGCUGGCUGGUUGUGCAGCACCAUUGGACUCAACCAGCCUGGGACACCAACUCAUAGCUCAGCACUGUGAAUGUGCUACAAUGAAGCCUAUGUCCUUAAAUGUGUUGUGUACAAUUUUUAUCAAGUGUUGGGGCAAAAGUGCAAUCAAUUGUUAUAUUCUUAAAAAAAAAACCUAAACUACAUGCCAAGUGAAAAAAAAUGUACUGAAUAAUUCAGGUUGUAUUGCAAAGCAGAUCUAAACAGCCAUUUUUUCCCUAAUGAAUGAAAACCAUUAAAUGUGCUUUAACCCCAAAAUACAAGACUGAAAGUUGUUAGGUCAAAAAAAAACAAAAAACAUUUGACCAUGUCAUUUGUCUGAUUCCAAAAGAUCCUAUCAGUUGAAUUUAAUGCCUUCCUUUUAGUAGUUGCUCCUUUUCAGGCUUCCCAAAGUUGACGGCUGUUGGUCUUGCUGAUCAGGCUGGAAAAAGAUAAUAGCACUUAGUGAAUGACAUUCUACAUCACUGCAACUUCAAUGCUAGAUUUGCUCAGGAAUGCCAUACAAUCAGGAUUCAGAAACACGGACGCAAGUAGAGUAUCAUCACUGCAAAACUAAAACCAUGCUACAAAAAUUAAUAGCACUUACUUGGUUGAGGCAAGUCUAUGGAUCUCCUCACUCUUCAGAAUUCUCCCCAGGUUGGUCAUCUUGUGCACAGACGAGUGAAAUGAGACAAAUUAGUUAAACUGCUCAAACUUUUACAACCUCAAUGAAUAGUACUCAAGAGUUUGAGUUUUGUUCUACAGUUAAUGGUUGGUGCAUACAAUUAAUCAUAACUUCAAUGGAUACCUUCUGUCUUCACCGCUACCUCCUUUCUCUUCCCAAAUGCAUCCUUUCAUUAGGCAGAGCAAGUUGAUUUUGCUGGCUGGUUGUGCGGCACCAUUGGACUCAACCAGCCUGGGACACCCACGGCUGUUGGUCUUGCUGAUCUGGCUGGAAGAAGAUAAUAGCACUUUAGUGAAUGACAUUCUACAUCAUUGCAACUUCAAUGCUAGAUUUGCUCAGGAAUGCCAUACAAUCAGGAUUCAGAAACACGGACGCAAGUGGAGUAUCAUCACUGCAAAACUAAAACCAUGCUAGAAAAAUUAAUAGCACUUACUUGGUUGAAGCAAGUCUAUGAUCUCCUCACUCUUCAGAAUUCUCCCCAGGGUGGUCAUCUUGUGCAGACCGGCUGAAAUGAGAAAUUGUUAAACUGCUCAGACUUUACAUGAAUAAAUAUUGUAGUGUUCAAAAGAC